AUGGAUAUAAGAAAUCAAUCUGAAGUGACCAAUUUUCUCCUUUCAGGAUUAACUGACCAAGCAGAGCUUCAGCUGCCUCUUUUCUGCCUCUUCCUAGGGAUUUAUAUGGUCACUGCAGUUGGAAACCUCGGCAUGAUCUCCAUAAUUGCGUUGAGUUCUCAACUUCACACCCCCAUGUACUAUUUCCUCAGUAGUUUAUCAUUUUUAGAUUUCUGCUAUUCUUCCGUCAUUACCCCCAACAUGCUGGCAGGACUUUUAGCAAGGGAUAAAACAAUCUCCUAUUCUGGAUGCAUGACUCAGCUGUUUUUUUUCUGUAUUUUUGUCAUUUCUGAGUGCUACAUGCUGGCAGCAAUGGCCUAUGACCGCUAUGUGGCCAUCUGUAUCCCCCUGCUCUACAAUGUCAUCAUGUCCCCCAGAGUCUGUUCUCUGCUGGUGGCUGCUGUCUUCUCAGUAGGCAUUACUGAUGCUCUGAUUCAUGGAGGUUGCAUAUUAAGGUUGACUUUCUGUGGCUCAAACAUCAUUGCACAUUAUUUCUGUGACAUCGUUCCUCUUAUUAAACUCUCAUGUUCCAGCACUUACAUUGAUGAGCUUUUGGUUUUUGCCAUUGGAGGGUUUAACAUGGCAGCUACCAGCUUAACAAUCAUCAUUUCAUAUGCUUUUAUCCUUUCCAGCAUCCUCUGCAUCCACUCAAAAGCUGGCCGGUCCAAAGCCUUCAGCACCUGUAGCUCCCAUUUGACAGCUGUUCUUAUAUUUUAUGGGUCUCUCAUGUCCAUGUAUCUCAAACCUGCUUCUAGCAGUUCACUCACCCAAGAGAAAGUGUCCUCAGUAUUUUACACCAACGUGAUUCCCAUGUUGAAUCCCCUGAUAUAUAGUUUGAGGAACAAGGAAGUAAAAAAUGCACUGAUGAAACUCUUAAGAAGAAAAAUAUCUUCAAAAUGA